AUGGGGGCGGAGGUGCUGGGGCUGCUGUCCCAGUGGAAGUCGCUAUUGCCUUCGCUGAUACUGUUGGUAUGCCUAUUCAUCGCAUUGAAGGUGCUGGACCUUCUGUGGUGGAGGCCGAGGAGGGUGGAGGGGCACUUCGCCAGGCAGGGGAUAAAGGGCCCCCCCUACCGUUUCUUCCUGGGGAACGUCCGGGAAAUGGUCCGCUUGAUGCUGGAGGCUUCCUCCAAGCCGAUGGUUCCUCCCUACUCCCACAACAUCGUCCCCAGGGUGCUCUCCUUCUAUCACCACUGGAAGAAGGUCUACGGUAUGCCCCCCUCUUCCCCAACGCCUUUGCUUUGGGUCUUCCUCCGGCCUCGUUCCAUUUGUGCUUCCCAUGAUCCAUCCCCUCGUCGUCGUCGUCGUCCUCCUCCUCCUCCUCCCGCUCCUCUGUUUUCGGUUUCCGCGAAAUUUCGGUCUCCCCGGCGUCGCGCUUUUUCCCGAAUGAAUUGCGUCCAGUGGUCUGGCCGAGCUCGACCCUUCAUUGCUCAUCUUGCCCUACUCGCUCUGCGCCUUCUUCUCGACGCCGGAGUAGCCCCUCCUGGUUCCACUCUAGUGCCGUGUCCUUCCUUGGACGGGAAAUUCCCCUCUGUUCAUCAUUCAUUACCGUCGCCCCGUCCUCCCUCUCUUUGCUGCACUUCUUUCCCGAGAACAGAAUCAUUCUCUUGUAUUUUCCAUUGUUUCCCAUUCCUCCGUCGUGUUCCUCCGGCGACUAUCGGCAGCCCUCUCCCCCCUGUCGACCGCUCUGUCCUGGUUCACGUCCGUCUCUCUGCGUGUUUGUUUGUUUGUUUGAUAACUACUUGCCAUCUACUGUGCCAUUCAGAUUCUGUUGCGGCCCCCCGGCUGUCCCUUCUCCUUCCCUCUCCCCUUCCCAUCAUUGACGCGACGAUUUUAAAAUCUCUCUUCCUCGCGACCCCCUCCCUCCCACUCGGAGCCGGCUUAAAUGCGUUGGUGGCCUCUCGCUCUGUUAGCAUCAGCGCCUCCCUUUCCUUUUCUAUGCUCGGCCAUCCCCAAUUUCGCCGUCGGCCGGCUGAGGGCGCCCGCCGGCAUGUGAUCCGUGGAGCGGCAGAGCAGUUUCCUUUAAUGCUUCCUUCUGUUAUUAACUCCUCCUCCUCCCCCUCCCUCCCUCUUCUGGCCGCCGGUGGCCUUUAUUACUGCGGCCACUGCGCUUCUGGUUCGACAGAGGUCCUGGGCCGGAGUUGCUACUUCCCGUGUGUUGAAUGAAGGAUGUUGAGGUGGUGGUAAUGGCGACGACGAGAGGGGGACACACUGACGUGGCCCUUCAUCCUCUUCUCGCUGCUGCAGGGUCCAACUUCCUGCUCUGGUUCGGGCCCACCGCCCGGCUCACCGUCGCCGACCCGGACCUCAUCCGGGAGAUCUUCGUCUCCAGAUCGGAGUUCUUCGAGCGCUACGAGUCGCACCCGCUGGUCCGACAGCUCGAGGGGGAGGGCCUGGUCAGCCUCCGCGGGGAGAAGUGGGCGCACCACCGCAAGGUCAUCACCCCCACCUUCCACAUGGAGAACCUCAAGGUACCCGCCGCCGCCCCUCCACGAUUCUCGCCGCCGCCGAUUAUAGUAAGGCCUCUCCUUAGGCGUUUUCUAAUCGAUGGAAUGGGCAGCUGUUGAUUCCGGUCAUCGGGCGGAGCGUGGUGGACAUGCUGGAGAAGUGGUCGGCCAUGUCGUCCACCGGCGAGGUCGAGGUGGACGUUUCGGAGUGGUUCCAGUCAGUCACCGAGGACGCCAUCACCCGCGCCGCCUUCGGCCAGAGCUACGACGAUGGCAAGGCAGUCUUCCGCCUCCAGGGCCAGCAGAUGGCCUUCGCCGCCGAGGCCUUCCGCAACAUCUUCAUCCCUGGCUACCGGUAAUGACCCCUCCUCCUUUCCUCACCGCCGGCCAACUCUCACCGCCGCCGCCGCCGGCGACGCUCAUUUCACCGCUGCCGCUGGAACUCCUUCGUCCAGGUUUCUGCCGACGAAGAGGAACACGAACACGUGGAAGCUGGACAAGGAAGUGAGGAGGUCCCUGCUGCGGCUUAUCGGCCUCCGCAGGGACAACGCCGCCGGCGGCGCAAUGACGGGGGACGGCAAGCCCGGCGGCGGCGCCAAGGACAUGCUCGGGCUCCUGAUGAACGCCAGCGCCGCCGCCUCCGCCAAGAAGACGGCGGCCUCGCCGGCGGCGGCGGCGGACCGCCGGGGGUCGCCGAGCCCGACGGUGAUCACGCUGCACGACAUCGUGGAGGAGUGCAAGACAUUCUUCUUCGCAGGGAAGCAGACCACGUCGAACCUGCUGACGUGGGCCACGGUGCUGCUGGCCAUGCACCCCGAGUGGCAGGACCUGGCGCGCCACGAAGUCCUCCGCCUCUGCGGCUCACGUGACAUCCCCACCCGCGACCACGUGGCCAAGCUCAAGACGGUAAGCUCACCCCCCCGCCGCCGCCGCCGCCUCCCACGACCGUCCUUUUCCCCGCCGUUGAUUUGCUUUGUCCUCUUCCUCCUCCCCGGGUUCAUGUUCUCCUUAAAAUGACCAAAAAACCCCUCAACCCUCCGCCGCCGAUCGCCAGUAUCUCCCCCAGUGCCUGGGAUAGAUCGGUCAUUCGGAGGGGACGUCGCUCACAGGCAAUAUGGUCCUUUACAGCACCGGCGCGCCACGCGUCGAUUAAUGCGGUGACCUCUGACGUUGUUCGUGGAUUCGGGCUUCUUGACAGCUAGGAAUGGUUCUCAACGAGACGUUGCGGCUGUACCCCCCUGCAGUAGCGACGAUACGGACGGCGAAGGUCGACGUGGAGCUGGGCGGGUGCCACGUGCCGCGCGGGACGGAGCUGAUGAUCCCGAUCCUGGCCGUCCACCACGACGCGAGGCUCUGGGGCCCCGACGUGGCCCAGUUCAACCCGGGCCGAUUCGCCGACGGGGUGGCUCGGGCGGCCCGCCACCCGACAGCCUUCAUCCCCUUCGGGCUGGGAGCCCGCACCUGCAUCGGCCAGAACCUGGCGCUCCUUGAGGCUAAGAUCACCCUCACCGUCCUCCUCCAACGCUACUCCUUCCGCCUCUCUCCCUCCUACGUCCACGCCCCGACCGUCCUCAUGCUCCUCUACCCGCAGUACGGCGCGCCGGUGAUCUUCCGGCCGCUGGCGGAGCACCACCGCCAGGUACCCGCGGCGGCGCCUCCGUGUUUCUCAUGA